AUGAACGAAGAGGAAAAGGAGACGAAGUACGAAGGACGAAACUCACGAAAAACGAAGGGAACGAAACAAUGGGGACCAAGACGAAGGGGACCAAGGAUGAAGUUGACGAAGGAUAAAGGACGUGCAGAACGAAAGACGAAAUAUAAAAAGUGCGAAGUUGAUGAAGAACGAAGAAGGACACAAAGGACGAAGAGGACCAAAGACACGAAAGACGAAGGAGAAAAAUCGGACGAAAGAAGAAAGGGACCAAGGACACCAAGAACGAAGGAGACUAAGGACGAAGGGUCGAAGGACACGAAAGACGAAGAAGACCAAAGAUACAAAGGACAAAGGAGGCAAAGGACCACGAACGCAGGACGAAGGAUGAAGAACGAAGAAGUCGAAAGAGUACAAAGACAAAGCAGACGAAGGACGAAGGACACGAAGAAUGAAGGGGACAAAGAACUCAAAGAAUACGAUGUACACGAAGGACACAAAGGACGAUGA